ACUACUAGCAAUAACAUAGGAAAGGAAGCAACAAGAAAGAAUCAGAUUAUUGGCCUAAUCAAAGAUCACUAUCUCAAGGGAAAGAAUUAAUUAGCAAAUCAAGAAGAAAAGGAAGAAUAAAAAUGGCUCAUUUGAAAGUUGUAGCCGCAAUGUCCAAUUGUAUUUCUACAAGAUUGAUGGUGCCUGCAGGAAGUAUAUGGAUCUAUAGAGGCUUUGUUAGUGCCACAAGACCUUCUCAAAAAAUUGAUAAAGAGACAUGCCAAAAGAUCAUAGAAGCAGCAGAAGCAGUGAAAGAAGGGGCUAAAGAAGUGAAGAGUGUAGGUGAAUUUGUCAAAGAAACAGUUUCUUCUAGUGCAGGAAAUGUAAUGUCGGAGAUGGCAAAGGCAGCACUAGAAAAGGCAACUGAAAAAGAAGAGAAAGGUGCAUGGGAUAAAGUCAAGGACACUGCUAAUGACAUCAAGAAGAAAGUCGUUGGCAAGUGACUUUCCUAAUUAAUUAGCCUUAAUUACAUAGAGUUUUAAGUUUUGUACAAUGUCGAUGCAAAAAAUUGUCACUAAGUGUAAUUUGAUUGAUAUAACAGGUUACUACCUUAUUUUUCACAUUAUCAUACCAAGAUUAACGUGGAAAAAGUACAUGUUAUUGUAGGUCAUUAACUUUGAUAGUGCUACCGUUUGCUACUGAAUUGUAAUAUUCCCCAAUUCUUUAGAUGUUAAUCAUUUACUUAUUAAGUUUUCCAUAUCUAAUGAGAUACGUAGG